ACCACGACGGUUUAUUUGCUUUGCGCAUCUCUUGUGAUCAUCAGGUUGAUCCACUGGCUGAUUCCGAUACAACUAGUGUCUGCUAACGGGACUACAAGCCAGCUGCUCUCACGGGGGAAACAUUUGAGCGUCACGUGGACACUCUCACAUUAUCCAGGGGCCAAUCAUUACAUGUUCAGCAGCCUCUGCGCCUUGGACCUCGCUCUGGCUGGACAACUGUGGAGCUGCGCCAAACACGCAAGUGCGCCACCACACUUUGGAGUCUGCGCGUCUGGCUGUUCACGGAAGAUUGAUAAUCUUUCCCGUUCAAGGACUUCAAUUAGAUUUUUAUUAAUUAAAACAAUUUAUAAAUAUUGUGAGUUAUUAGAAAGGAAAUCAAUGGGACAACAAAAUCGCGAGAACUUGAAUCGCUCCGGUUCAGUUCUGUCAACUUUCCAUAGACAGUCCUGAACUGUCUCGGUGCGCGCAGCAGCAGCAGCAGCAGCGGAGGAGGAAGAGGAGCAGGAGAAGACUGGAUGAAGCAGGAGACGGGUCACUGAGUUGCAGCGAGCUGGGUGCGACUUCCCCAUCACAUCUCAACUCUCCAAUGUAUUCUGACAGAAUGCUGAUCAUUGGAGUUCUGCUAAGUCUCUUCUCUCCAGGUAGUCUUGCAGUGUCUCCAUCCUUGGACUGUCUAGAGGCAGAGCAGAGGUGCCUCCAGGACCAGUCCUGCAUGGGACUUUAUCAGCUGUUGGAGUACUGCUCGGCGGAGGAAGCAGUGGCACCUCUCGGUCCAGAUGCUCGCUUGGAGUGCCUGGAGGCUCAGAGCUCACUGCAGCAUUAUCGCCCACUUCAAGUUUGCAAGUGUCAGCGUGGCUCUCGCAGGGAGGAACACUGCCUCAGGGUCUACUGGACUGUGAGGUUCGGAGUGUAUGAAGAGUACGAGGUGUCACCGUAUGAGGAACUGGAAUUAAAUCUGCUGAGAAACAUUGAGAUGUAUCGAAUGGCCUCCAUUGUUUCAGCAUCCUCUCUGUCCGUGGAUGGGCAAAACCAGUGUUUGAAGGCAGCACAGAACUGUGGGCUGUUCGAGAAAUGCGGCUCACUGCGGUCAGAAUAUGUUGUUGCCUGCACCAAGCCGGUAACACAAACUGACAACAGCUGUAACCGCCAGAAAUGCCACAAAGCUCUGCGGCGCUUCCUGGAGCGUGUCCCAGAGGAGUACAGCUUUGCUUUGCUCUUCUGUCCCUGCACUGACACUCUGUGUGGGGAGCGCCGGAGGAAAACCAUCGUCCCGUCAUGCUCCUAUGAGGAGAACCAGAGAGGCGAGGAAAGAGUUGUGAAGCCCAACUGCCUCAGCCUACAGAACUACUGCUCCAGAGAUGAGCUGUGUAGAUCCAGAUUUGCUGAUUUCCAACACAACUGCCAGGCUUCCUCCUUCUCUGCCUCUGGCUGUGUGAGAGAAAGCCGAGUCGUGUGUCUGAAGGCCUACGCUGGACUCAUAGGAACCAUAAUGACGCCCAACUAUGUGAGCAACAGCAGCACAGAGGUGUCGCAGUGGUGCACGUGUGAAGGCAGCGGGAACGAGUGGCAGAGCUGUCAGCGCAUCCUGCAGAUGUUUAGCAACAACCUGUGUCUGCGCAAUGCCAUCAGCUCCAUGGGGAUCUCUGCACCUCCUCUGGUGGAACAAACCCUUGCGCCAGUAUCUCAGCUCCCUCCACAUGUUUUCCAGGAGAGCGACCAUGUCAGAGAGAACACAGUCACAGAAUUGAACAGUAUGGAGGACAGCGAUGAAGAGGAGCCAGAGGAGGACGCAAGGGAUGAAUUCAACAUCAUUCCGCCAUAUUCGGAAAAGGACUCCAACACUGAGUCUGGUGCCAGAGGAAGUCAACGGGGAGCAGCUAACCGAGUAGUACCUGUGCUGCCUUUACUUCUCCUGCCAUCUCUUAUCCUGAGCUGAAGCCCCAAUCUUAUUCUCGGCUUACAUUGUCCACCCGCUGCUGCUGUCAAACGCAUCCCAGAGUGAACCACAGGGGACAGUUCUAAGGAAGAUGCUUACGAAAUCGACCUUUUCUCACUCAUAAUACUUUAGACGGCAUCUCAGCCUAAUUUUUUAUGUACCUAUUUCCAUUGGAACCUCUGUAGGAUCCUUCAGUGUUUUUGCUCAAUUCAUCGCCAGUGAAAAGAAGACAACAACACUAGCACGUACGUGAGCGCAUGGGUGAAUUGAGACAUGCUGUCUGGGCAAAUACUCAAUCUAGAGUCAGCUUCACACUCAAAGUACAUCCCCUCUUUCAUGAAAAAGCUCAUUGCCCGAGGCUACUCUCACUAUACAUGCUUCCAUAACUGUACCCAUCUACUCUGCUGCAACCAGGCACGAGCAAGGCUUUUGAUUUCUAUUUCAUGACUCAUGUCACAUCCGUUUUUUCGGCUGCGCCUUCAGCUCCUCUUCUCCCUCUGACAUGCUUCGGCUGAGCAUCACAAUCCACUUUACGAUGAGGUAAUAAAAAAGUAAGCCACAGUUAAAGUGUUUUGAAAAAAGAAAUAAAUAAGAGACACUUGAAGUUGCUCAAUUUGACAAAAAAAAAAAAAAACUGUAGAUGGCAAAGAUUAGAUUGGUUCUUCUCACUUGGUGCACCAAAAAGUCAGUCUUCUUCUGUCCCUUUUGUUAACACAGCACUUAAUAUUAUUCCUGCCACAUCAAAUGGCUAGGAACUCAACCAUGGGCAAAAGCAAUGAAAUCAAAUUCCAUUGUUGAAACAGCUCAGAGAGAAAAGCCACAUAAGCAAUUACAACACAAUUCAAAUUGCUCGGCAUGCCGAGGUAGGUCUGGAGUAAGGCUCGCGGGAAAAAAAGGCAAUUUAUUGCUGUCAUACCCUCUCCAUUCUUUAUCCUCAGGAGAUCUGUAUUUAGUGCUCCUUCGCCAUCAUGUACUUUAGAUAUUUUGUGAGUGAGACAGCGAUGGGGACGAACACAGGAGACUGCAAAGCCUGCUGGCUGCUCUGAUCAUUGAGCAGCACAUUGAGCCAUUAUCUCUGCCUGAAAUAUCUUUUGCUGAUGUAAAUGUUUUUUUUUACUCUUAUGGCUCAUUUUCCUGUGAAAUUAAGGAGCUGCAGGGUUGGAGGUGAGGGGAAAAUACAGCAAAUUUCUUUUUUUUCUUUUUUUUUGCAGAGAGAUAAACUUGGCCAAUGUAAUAGCGAGUUUGCAAAAUUACUCAGUAUGAACUCUGCAGAGACAGUUAUUUAUUUAAUUUUUUUACUUUUAAUUCAUUAUGGGCAUAUCUUCAUGAUUUCUUUUUUCCCAUGAGGCAUUAUAAAAUAUCAUCGUUUUAAAUUCAGUUGGGAAACUGGUCAUCAUAUAGUUCAUUUUUCUUUCUUUACAUCACAGUUUAACAUGACCAAACUGAUAUUGAUCAACAGUGUGAUGACAGAAAUACUGCACUGACCUGCCUGAGUCCGGGUCUUUUCUACUUCAAAGUUUCUCCAAGUCAAGGCAGGACUUUGAUGGGAUGUUGGAAGGUUAGCAGAUUUGCACUGACUGUUACAAACGUCUUGGUAAAGUGACAUCAUGCUGUUUUUUCCUUCCCCCCUUCAUCAUGGAACAGCUCCAACGCGAAAGAGGAACAGUCACUUGACAUUUGUGAAAUGUGGCUUCAAAUUUACACACCGUCAUAACAAAACAUAAAAUCACUCUUGGAGGAUGUUAAAAUAUUCUGUUCUAUUUAUGGCAAAAGGUAAACAAAGCUGUAAAAAGUAAAAAAAAAGACUUUUUUGAACACUACAACAUUCUGUUUUUGCGGGGUGUUUCCACCUGAAAAUAAGAAGCAUGUAAAUAGUUGUAAUUAUAUGUGAUGUGUAUUUAAUGCCUUUGCAAAUGUGGAACAAACUGCAUUACUGUAAAUAGUCUGACCAUCAAAAGCGUUUUCUGACCUGUUGGCUGGUUUGCAGGGAAAAUGGCGCUGACGAUGCUUUAGCUGACAAACUGUCAGUUAAAGCCGAUGUUAGGGGUUAAGAAACUCAUUUAAGAAGGUUAUCCAACAUGUGGCAAAACACGCUCUCAGUCUGCCGGGUCUAAAAUUUGAAGCAAGAGCAAAUAAAGUGGAAGGCUAUAAAAGCUAGACAAAGAAAAAUGACUCUCUAGACAGAAAAAAAACAAAUGCAUAUUGAAGAUAAUGCAGCAAAAGAAAUGGCAAACAAAUGAAAGAAAAAGAAGUCUCCUCGUGAGAGACGUGUGAGAAAUCAGCUGAAUGAAAUAGGACUUAGAUGCAGAAAAAGCCAAAUCCAAACCAUCAGUUACAGCUGAGCAAAAGAAAACAAGGUUUUAUUGCUCUACAGCUGGAGUUCAAGGAUGACUGGAUCAAAGAAGGAUUAAGGAAUGAGUCUGCAAAGAUCAUGCUGGAACUCAAGUUUAGUCAACAACCAUGAAGUAUUGGAAGAUGAGUGUGCAGAGAAAAACUGGAAAUGCUCAGAGACGUUGAUGGUAUGGGGUUACUGGCUGCUUAAAGCUAUGUUCGCACCGGGCAUGUUUAGCAUGUUCACACUGGACUGUUACUAGCCAAUUCUAGCACAUGUCCACCACCUACAGUUGGAAGAGGCUUUGUGUGAAAUAUCGAAGUGGUGCAACUCUCACAAGUCUUGCUCCAGGCUUUUUCUUUAACAAGUCUAUUCCAAUGUAUGAAAGAGUUGGUGUCGUAUAUUUCCGGCCGGACACAAACCACAAUUAUUAAUUUCCUCUCCGUGAUCAAUUUUCAAACACUUGGAACUUCUGUGAAUCAAAAAGGACGUCAUCCAUAAGUCACUACCAAAUCCUAGUCUCUGAUUGGUCAAAGUUCGACCUGGUUCAAUAGCUGUGCAUAUCGUACAUAGAGCCUGAAAAUGGUCUUAAAAAAGUGCUAGUUACGCGUUUACACAAGAGUUUUGAACGCAGUAGCUCAAAACACGCAUUUACGCGCUUUUAUAUUGACUUUUCAUUGGAAGUGUUAAGGGAGGUGUGAACGUAGCUGAAACCUGAAACGUGACUUUUCAUUGGAAGUGGUCGCUUGAAUGUGCAUUGCAGACGACGGUGUGAACGUGGCUUACGGAGGUCACAUAUCUUACAAGAAGAGUUUGGUUCUGCUGGACAUCUUCUUUUGAUCCCUUUUGACCGGUGUUUUCCCCUCAGCAGUUUCUUAACUACAUGCUCAAUAUGGAGGAAUUGCACCAAGUCUUUUUUGCAUAUUGUGCGGAUCACAUAAACAUUGUUAUUACAAAGAAAUUAUAAUAAUUUGGCCAUAUUUGAUUGAUUUAAGUUAUUUCCAAAUAUUACAAUCCCAUGUUUUUGGUUUUUGCUUAAUUUGAUGUUUGUAUUUCAUUCUUUUUAUACCAGAGGAUAAAUAGAACAGACUGAUGACCGAUCAAUAAUAAUACUGUUAAUUUUCAGAUUGAAUGUACAUUAUGCCACAGCAAUCUCAACUUCUCAACAACAUGUCAAUUCAAAGACAGCAGCAUCAAACAGUCUGUACCUCCGCUCCGGUGGACUUUUAUUUUGAAAGAAACGUAUACCCAGGUUUCCUUCUAAAUAGUUGCUUGAAAUGGUUGCAAUAUCUUUUAUUGCUUUUUAAAAAAAAACUUUAGCCAUACUUGUUACUAUUCAUGGAACAAAAACAAAAACUAUACGUGUGCUGGGGUGAAAAAAAAGGAUUUAUCCAAUUGAAUUGAUUGUCACCAAGAAUUUGCAAUAUGGAGCAAUUAAAUCUGUGAACAUAUUUUUUAUAAGAUAUUUAUUGCGGGGGUUUUUUGUGUGCAAAAUUUGCUUUCCUUUUAGUUUAUAAUGCACAAAUUCAUAAUUUUAUCAAUGGGAAUUUCACCUUUGUCCAUUUAAUCUCACCAGUUUAUGUAAAAACUGUUUCCAUGACUAAAAAACAUUAAUCUUAGAAUGAAAAUUUGACGAAUCAAAUCGUGUUGAAUCCUAAAUCUAAUCAAACUGUUGACUUCAGAUUCAAGAUUAAAUACCCUUAAGUGAAAAAGAAAAAUUACAAAGUAAAUAAUGCAGGUAAUAUAACAAAGUUGUAAAAAAUUAAAGCAACUAACAUCCUCCAAGAGGGUAAAUAUUUACCGAGCUAAGAUGUUUGUCCCCAGAGCCAAUUGGCAUUGAAAAUUACCACUGACAUGUCUCCAUGGUGGAGCAACACUAACGUGGUGCUACAAUGAGUCAUGAAGCAUCAAGUGAACAGCAUCCUUUCAAAAAGUGUGUGUGCCAUAUCAAUUCUUCUCUGGCCUUAAUGAUUUAUUAUGAUUUAAAUGUAUUUUUACAUUUCAGUAAAUCUGUUUAUAUUUAUAAGAAAUAAAACUACGUUAUGGGGCGUUUAGGGGAAAAGGAAGCUCGUAAAAAUAAAACUUUAAUGAAACACUAAAUGCUUCGUAAAUCAGGCAGCUUGUAUUCUGUUUCAUGAUUGUGGUGAAACUGUGUACAGUAUUAUUUCUCAUGCUGAACCACUUGUGAAAACUGAAUAAUUCUGACACUGAUGUGAAAUAGUUGUGUACCUUUGUGCCAUAGCAGAAAUAACAUUGUUUGAAGGAAUAAAAGUCAAAAA